GAACAGGAGCUGUGAAGAAGCAGCGACAGACAGUGGGCUAAGUUUGUCCUGCCCGGCUUCCCUUCACCAGUACAAGGGGCUUUGUGUCAUUGAAGAACAGCGAGCGUCGCUUUUAGUUUCACACUAAAACUAAAGGCGUCAGAAACACGUCCGUGACAUUUUGGGAUAAUUUGUGUGGGCACAGAGAGGAGAGAGGGAGAGGGGAAAGUGCGACGGAGCGGACAAAGUUGACACUCCGCUGUCAUGUUUGGUACUUGUUGCACACACACUCACACUGAACACUGGAGCCUGUAGUGUGGGCUGCGUGCUGGGAACAGGGUCUUCGGUAUCACCAUGAGGCUGUGACACAACAGGGACAAUGAUGGCAGAGCUGGAAAUUGACCAGUCUAACCUUCCUCGUGUCCAAGAAGUGUGCCAGAGUUUCGCGGUGCUGGAGGAUGGAGUGUUGGCACAUAACCUGCAGGAACAGGAGAUCGAGCAAUACUAUACCACCAACAUCCAGAAGAACCAGCUAGUGCAGAAUGACAUCCGCGUAGCGAAAAUGCUGCAGGAUGAGGAGGAAGAGGAGCAGGCCAUUCAGAGCACCCUCUCCAGACACGCCUCCAGACAACUAGAGGAGGAAGACUUUGAGUACGCCCGUUUAAUCCAGGAGGAUAUCCAGCGCUGUUCUGAGCAGGCCCGGAGGAGGGAGCAGGACGAUGAGGAAAUCGCUAAAGGAUUGCAAGAAGAGGAGAAGCAGAGAAUCACGAGGCGGAGCAGAGGGCAGGACAGUGAAGGCAGCACCAGUGACCCUGCACUGCCAUCUCCACACCAGCACACACUCAGCAGCCCACACCAAGGAGAGGAGCAGUACUCAUCUAGCACCAGCAGGUGGCAAUGUUCUACCUCUCACAACCAUUCAGACUUAACUCGUCCUCAGGCUGACUCCCCCAGGGGGGUAGCAGCUCAGAGAAACACAAAUUCAGGGUCAAAUCAAGGACACACAGAUUCCAAAAGGGGAAUCAGGGGUGAGCGUGUGAGUGAGGACUCAGAGGACUCGGACACAGUGUUCUCUGAACAGCUCGCUGUCUGGUCCCAGAGACUGAAUGAAAGACUCAACACGGCACCCCCUCGACGACGGGCUUCUUCAAAUGAGCCAGAAGAGAGAAACUGUAGAAGUCUUUCCUCUCGUAGCAGCUUUACAGAGCAAGAGAGAGGAGAGUUGAAUCGGGAACAUUAUGAAAAUGCCAACCUAGAGGAGAGGAGGCCCAGGGUUUGGGAUCAAGCAAGACGCCAUGGUGAGGAGUAUGAGGGUUCGCACAGGAGCAGAGAUCAGGAUAAAGACUGUAGGUUAGUGGAAGUAAGAGAAAAGCGAUGUAGUCGUAGUGAAUCGGUCAGGCUACACGACGGGGGUAAACACAAAGACUUAGCGAGGACCUGGAGCUAUAGGGACAGCCCCGACAAACGUGUGCAUUUUCAGGACCACUCCAGGAGCUCUAUAAGGCCGCAGCAGGGUGAGAGCAGAGGAGUCUGGGAGAUGCUGGGCCAGGUCCUCAGAGAGAGGGGCGUGCCUGUGAGGUUGGGCGGCAACGGGGCGCCACUUCAAAUAGGGCCUCAAAGCAGAGACAGCCAGGUGCUUCACGGGAGUGAGGUCUCCUGCGGCGACUCCCUACCACAUCAGAGAGUCUUCCAAAGAGCUGCCAACACCAGGCACAGUUUCCAUGGAGAUACCCGGGAGAGGAGGAGGUUGUCACACCGAGAGAACAGUGGGAGAGAUCACACGGAAGACCGGCUGCGAAAUAAUGUGGAGCGUGAUGAAAAGGUUUAUGAGAUUAGUAGGAGAGACUCACAUCUUUCUAGCAGAGAAAGGGGAGGCAGCAGAAGGUGGAAAGAGCACGGAUACACUAAUGAUGACGAGAGGGAGAGGAAUGCAAAUGACGGCAGGGUCAAAAGGACAACGAGCGAACGCAGGCGUUGGCACCAGACCAUAGAGGAAAGGUUGAGCUCAGAGGAGGAGCAGGAGGUGGAGAGGAGAGUGGAGCGGCCCCAUCGCAGAGCCUCACAGCGCAGCCAGAGCCUCAGCAGCAGCCGGGCUCCAACAGGAGAUAGGUCGAGGCACGAGGCAGCAGGAGCGUCAUUGCAACCGGAGCCAGUGGGGGAGAGCCUGGACCUGGGGGAGCUGCAUCAGGUCCUCAAGGAUGAAGAACUUGCUCUAAAGCUGCAGGAGGAAGAGGAGAAGCUGUUGAGGAGGAACUCAGAGCCCUCUCCAUGUUGUCCUUACCCAGAGGGAGACUUCAGAGCAGCACAAGUGGCGCAGGAUGAGGAAAUAGCCCGCUUUAUGCAGAAGCAAGAAAUGAAGACAAAGCGAAGAUCCCGCGAGCUCGAAGGGCCGUCGUCGUGGCGCGAGCACAGAUCGAUGACCAGUCAUCACGACAGACGGGCUUCAAGAGACAGACCGGUCCAACGAGAGAGGCUUGACUCAGAGGGCCUUCCUUCCCCUCCUGAGGACGGCUCCCCAGAGAGCCAGCCACCCAGCACCUUCUCCACAAUACCGCAAGCCCAGCCGAUCAGAAACAUUGCGGAGGAACUGGACCCGACCUUCAGGGCCGGGAGGUCGGACCCGGAGAGCCUCAGAGUGGGACAGGCAGGUCCAACCUGUCAGUCACUUCCUAUGCCACAUCCUGGCUUACACGACCUACUCGAGGAGCCUGCUUUCAUCCCACCCACAAAACGGCAAACGGACAAAUCAGGACGCUCAAAACCCAAAGAGAAGAAGGAAAAUUGCAAGCAACAAUAAUUGUUUUCAACACGCUGUUGGAGUGUAUAUAUAUAUAUAUAUAUAUAUAUAUAUAUAUAUAUAUAUAUAUAUAUAUAUAUAUAUAUAUAUAUAUAUAUAUAUAUAUAUAUUAUAUAACACUAAACAUCAGUCCAGCUACAGAGGAUUAAGUUCUCUCUCCCAGCUCCCCCUAUUAGCACUUUAGACCAGUGGAACACAUCACAAGUGACAUUUUACAAUAUUUCUUGAGUAAGUGAAUAUUUACUCAUUCUGUAACGGUUUUCAAAGGGAACAUUUUGGUUCAUCAAAGUAUUUUAAUUCUCAGUGUUAAUGAGUGUUUAAUUUAAACAGUUUGUGUUUUUUCUAUCGAUUUUGUUUCUUUAAUUUGUUUUUAUUUAGUUAAGCAGUGAGUAUCCAUCCAUUAUCUAUACCUGCUUCAUGUCUUCAUGUUACCAAUUAAGGCCGAAAGUCUCAGGCCGACCGGUUGGCUCUGUGCCUCUUCCAAAAGCGUCCAAUAUUUAAAAUGACAAAACAAGAAGUUCCCUGUAUAAACUUUGAAACUGAAUGACGUGGUCUUAGACACGCUACUUUAAGACUUCCGCUUUCUGAGUGCCUGCUAUUUGUCUCAAGCAGUUUGUCAUGGCUCCAGCCAAGUUUAAAAUAGUACGAUGACAAUCAAAUGAACAUAUUUAACCCUUACUAGGGUUUUUUGAAAAACAUACAACCAUUACAAAAUGUUGAAAUGUCUAAAUGAUACUAUAUCCCUUAAUUUUAAGUUGAAAUAACUUGGUUUAUUUUCCAGGUGGAUUUUUAAAAACAUCAGACAGUAAUGAUGGCAGCCUUAUUCAAUACACAGAAACCUUUUUUCUAACAAGCAUUUUUAUUUUGUAUGAUCAUAUAUAACCUCCACAUUUAAAACACUAUACUUGUUGUGUUUUUUGGUUGUGUGUUUUUUAUACAUAUAAAAAUAUAUGCCACGGCUUAAGUGGACCACUAUGAAUGCAAUUGUUGUAAAUGUAUUUAAAUGCAACAAAUAAAAAAAUAAAUCCUA